AUGAACGAUUCUAUUCCUGUAACGAGAACUUUUGAUCCUAGCAAGCCGAAUCCGUUUAUAUCUAACAAGUUUAAGAGGCGGUGCCCUAUAGCGUAUUUUUACAUGCCUAUAGAGUGUUCUUUAGCUAGGAGUUGUAACAACGGAUUUUGUCCACUAUCUCAUACGAAGUUGGAGGUUAUAUUCCACCCCAUUUUGCAUAAGACCAAGAGGUGUAGCAUGGCCCUUAUGAACGUCUGCAACUUCUCACAGCGCUGCGCAUUCUAUCACAGCCAGUCUGAUAAGAUGGGCGCCCAGCUAUCAUGGCUUGUGUGGCAGAAAAAGUGGGAAGUUUGGGAAAAUAAUUUUGAUUCGAUCCUUGCAAACUACAACAUAGGUGAAGACAUACGCAAAAAGCUCCAUGUCAUGAUCACACCUCGUUUCAAUUCCCAGAAUCCACCAGGGAAAGUUGUCUGCGAUGAUAACGAUUGCAUUUUUGACAUAGAAAAACAACUAAAUGCACUACUUGAUUCUUGCGACACGCCUGAUACAAUAGCCAGUCAACCCACAACAGACUUGUCGUCAGGGCUAUCACCUAGUAGCAAAUUCAUCUCGUCAUUUAGUCAAAUGUACAAUUUUGAAUCGCAUUAUGAAUAAAUUUCCAAUCACCUAUGGGUUCUUCCCAUCUUACACAUUUUACACAAUUUGUUUAUCGCCGUAUUAACGAUUCCAUGUCUAUUCUGAUGGAUCUGUGGCUAUAAAUCUUACUGUCUCGCUGUCUUAAUCGUUUUAGCAGUGGGUAUUUUUGUGUUGUAACAUGUAACAUAAUAUUUGCAUUCUGGUGAAAAAAAUCAGUUUUUCGGGUAGAAGUACUCGUCUAUUGCAUUUUAUGAGACAUAUUAUUGUCGGAUUGUAUUGUUUAGUAUGUAAGAUUCGCAUGGACGGAUUGAAAGAAUGAUUUGGUGGCCUCACUCACGGACAAGAGCACCUUUUACACAUUUGAUGUGCCGCCAAGGAUCUGUGCGCCUCAAAACCAUGUUAAAAUUUAUAUAAAUGUUAAAACAUAACGUUUACAUU